GUUGAUACUUGCGAACAUAAGGGAUCUGUGUAUUCCAUAUUCGGGUCAAACCUUUAGGCGACCUCUUAUAGAAUUUUUAUCAAAUAUGCAAAUUAGAUCAAAGUGAUUAGCAAUAUAUCUAUGCUGGUGUGUUAUGUGGAGGAAAUACACAUAGUUCUUUAAAUCGUCUUAACGAUUGCCAGCGAUAGAGAUUUGCUCCUUAAUGCGCUAAAUGCAGAAACAAACGAUUAAUACCAAUUGGGAGUACUAAAAGACACAACAAUGGAUUAAAAGUGCAGUGAGAAGGUGGCACAAAUUGGAGAGAGUGAAAAAUUCGGAGGAAUUGAGGCGAAAUUUUUAUUUCGGCAGUCUGUGAAAAGCGGACAUGGCCGCUGAAGUAGCCAAUGCUCCGAUCAAAACGGCGAUGGAUAUUCCUGAUCCGAUUCCCCCGGGAAACUGGAUGGCCCGACAACUCCGGAUGCUGAAUGACAACAGCGAGGGACUGCUCCCUCCGUCCGCCGGAUCCAAGCGCUCCUGGGACAAAUACAACACUACCACACACAAGGAUUUCUUGGGGCCUAGGGAAUUCCAAUUGGAGGAGCCAAACUAUGAAGUGGAGCCAUUCCAGAAGAAGAGGGAGACAGUGGCGGACAUCAUGUUGGCCCCAAACAACCGCCAGACGUUCAACAACUGGCAGAUGCCGUCUCGCUUUUCAUCCACGGACGACAAAAUCGAGCACUAUGAUCCGCCCCUUCACCUCAAGUCUGAACAGACAGGAUGUGGACUAGAGACAGUCGAGGAAGAGAUGCAGGCCUUGAAUAUUUCCCCCACCCCUAAAGCUCCAUCCCCAAUUAAGCGAUCACUGACCAGUUUACAGGGACCACAGAGAGUUAAUAGAGAAAAUUCACUACCAGAACUUCGGCUACGAUCCUGCAGCCCCCGUAAAGACCCCGGGAUGAGAUCCCCCACUAAGCUGGGUGACCUGACCCGGUCUAGUCCCGCUCUACUCAGGAGCAAGACCGACAUGCACCACAGGGUACCCAACGUGAACCGUAGUCUGACCAAUCUAGGGGGCGCCACCGCGCAGGAGGAUAUAGCCUUGAGACAGGAAUUUAGGCAUUCUCUUCAACCCCAAGUUUUAGAUAAAGCUGAGCAAUGGAUGAAACUGGCUCCCAACGCCGACAGAAAGGUCAUAGAAAAAGUGCUGCGCAUGGCUGAAAAGAGGCAAAAGAUAGAGGGAACCCUAAAUAAAAGUUUACAGCCUGACGCCAAAGAUGUGGUGGACAAAUGGCUCCUGGGUGCAAAUGAUACAGAGCGCCAAGUGGCUCUUCGGUUCUUUAAUUCUCUCGCUGGUGAAAAGUUAAUGGGUAAAAACAUUUCGGAGCAGAAGAAGAGAUUGGAGCAGGUCAUCAACGCCUUGGAAUGCGAGAACGGGAGAUUUCCUAAAAAUUUACGUGGAAAAGGAAACGGACCAUACGCCGAUACCAGUAAAUUGACCGUCAGGGGCAAAACGGCGCAGAAGAAUUCGCGCUUCAACCACCUACGUCUGCUGUCUCCAGGCACGCGCAAAGAGCGCUGGAUGCACACCACGUGGCACCACCUGCCGGAGUACAGGAAUGAUGACGUGGUGGAGAACUGGAGCUCCCACUACAUCCGCCCGCACGCCGUCAUACCACGCCAUUUUGUCAUCCAUCCCGACUGGGGAUAAGACUUUGAAUCCCGUUUAUAUAGCAGUUUAUUUUAAACUGUUCUAUUUCCUCUAUGAAGUUUUAUUCAACAGACUGUGAUAUUUUUACUGCUAAACUUUUCAAUACUAAAACAAAAGGGUUUUUCUUGUAAUCUUUUACCUGUUGUGUAUAUUUUCUUACUGUUGUGAUAUUAAAUGGUAUAAUUUCUACA